UGUCUGGUUCCCUGGGUGCCUCCCCUCAUGUGAGCUCAAAGGAGGCUGUGGGUUGAGGCCACCUCACCCCAUUGCAAGAUUUACACGACCGGGCACACCUACGAGGUUAAAGUUCAGCAUCAAUUCUCCCAGAAGUCAGCCACCAGCUUGUCCCACAGGACGAGUUGGGAUGCUAGACAGGUUAUCACAAGAGUGGGGUGCGCGCAUGAGUCACCCUGUGAACAGCUCCAUGCCUUGCGCUUUCCGUCUUUCCCACAGUCAGGGCAGGGCUGCGCCCCCCACCUCCUUGGUGGCUGGGCCAGAGGACACUACGGGACGCAGGGACAGCCAUGGGAGGGGCCUGCUUCACGCCCAGCCCAAGCCCUGCGCCAGCACCAAGAGCUGACCUUUGGAAGGAAAGACACCAGGCAUGCAAACCUCUAGGACCUUCUGACCCAGCUCCGGGGGCUUCCCCUGCUGCCAUCACUUCCCUUUGGGGUGAGCUCUUCUGGGGUUGUCCGGUGCCACCUGUCAAACGAGAGGCUGUCCUGGCACUCUGUCUCUGCCUGUGAGAGACCGUGCUAGUCCAAGGUGUGUGCUCAGAGCUGACUGGCAUAGCCGGGCACAGGCCAGGAGCUCCUGGGCAAGGUCAGCAUUGCAUCUGGAGAGUUCUCAGGUUAGCAUCCCUGUGACCUUCAUGUCUUGGGCCACAGCCUAGCCAUGGGGGGCUGCAGAGGGCAUCUAUGAAGCCAGGCUGGGCGGCAGAAGUCCCCAUCUCAGCCAGGUGGGUGUUCAGACCAUGGAGCCCUUGCUUAUAGUCACGGCAGAGCCGGCCAGGCUGAGUGAGGACUGACCCCCCAGGGGAUCUGUCUGACCCUUGAGAGACUGGCCACCGGGAGUCUUAGGCUGUGGGGGCCUAAGCCCUGGGCUCUGAACUUUGAGGUGUGACUCCAGGGUACAGUGAGGAGAGGCUGCAGCUGGGGAGAGGCUUACAAGGCCCACUGGGAUGGGAAACCUCACCUGUGACUUCCUGCUGCCGCUGGGCAGUGGCCUCUGCCCCCAUCUGUGAAUAUGGAGGCCCCGCAGACUGCCUCCCCAGGGCCCCAGCCACGGGUCAUCUGUCCCUCAGGAGAGCCUGCUGGCCCUGGACAAGCCCCUCCCCCCACUGCUUGCUGGUGACUGCUCCUGGCCUUGAACCACUCUUCCUCUGGAAGGUUCCGGAAGGGCCACCAUGCCAUUGCUGCAGUGCUGUCCCCGCCUGCCUGCUGGUGGCUUCCGCUUUCCCCCUCCCCCUUCCUUUUCCUCUGGGAAGGACCCGCCUGCCUUCUGCAGGAGGCCUAGUCCAGCACUUCCUUUCUUUCUGAAAGAGAGGCCAGAUGUGGACCGAUGGAUGUGGGUCCACCCAGGAGAGACCCUGCCUGCUGGCACCCUCUAGGGCCUCCAGGCCGUUCCUGUGAAUCACGCUGUCUCCCUCUCUUCUCUCUCUGUGUUAUCUCUGUGUUGUGUGACUUGCCAGCCCGGCCACCGUCGGCGUGGGCACCCUCCAUGCUCCACCUCGACCGCCACUGGCCAGCCGUGACCGGGCCGUCCUGGGGGCCAUGGGGAGUUCCGCCUCCUCGCUGGCCGGGGAGACCGAGUCGGACCGCGGCUUCCCCAGGGGGCCGCUCUAUCCAGGGCCCACACACCCCUGGUGUAGGGGCAGCCCUGGGGGACCGGUAUGGGCUGGUGCCCUGGUCCCCCCACGGCAGCCCCCACGCCCCCGGGCCCAAAGACUUGCGCCCACGUCCAUGGCUGGGGCCGGGCAGUGGUCCUGUGGCCGCUGCACCUUCCUGAACCUGGCAGGCCAGCGCCAGUGCUCCAUCUGCGAGGCUCCACGGCACAAGCCUGAUCUGGACCAGAUCCUGAGGCUCAGCGUGGAGGAGCAGAAAUGGCCCUGUGCCCGCUGCACCUUCCGGAACUUCCUGGGCAAGGAGACCUGCGAAAUGUGUGGCUUCACACCUGAGCCCGCCCCUGGGGCCCCCCUGCUGCCUGUCAUCAAUGGUGUCCUGGGGGAGCCCCAGGCCAGCGGGCCUGAGGAGGCAGGGUCAGGGUCAGAGCCAGGGCCAGGGCCAGGACGGACAGCGGGACUGGAGGAGCAGGCCAGGGGGCGCCCUGAAGAGGAGGGGACGGCGGAGCCGGGCAGCAGCUGGGCCUGUGCCCGCUGCACACUGCUUAACACACCCGUGGCCAGCUCGUGCUCUGCCUGUGGGGGUCCUCGAAGACUCUCACUGCCCAGGAUCCCCCCUGAGGCCCUGGUCAUCCCCGAAGUCCUGGCGCCUGCUGGUUUCCAGGGGGCCCCGGCCCCACCACAGCCUGGGGAGGGUACUGAGGCCGACCCCCCUGCUGUCGGCCAGGAGGCCCCCCGGGCACCCUUCAGUCCCUUCUCACCCACCCUGCAGAACAACCCCGUGCCUCGUAGCCGGCGUGAGGUGCCCCCCCAGCCCCAGCCGCCGGUUCCUGAGGCUGGCCCAGCCACACCCUCCCAGGGCCCUGUGCGCACAGGGGGGCCCCGCCUGGCAGAGCUGCUGUCCAGCAAGCGGCUGAGCCUGCUGGAGGAGGAUGCGGCUGAAGGCCCAGCGCCCUUGCACCGCUGCGGCUCCUGUUCCUGCCCCGCCGGCUGUGAGGCCUGCGGCACCGGGGGCAGCGACCUCAUCGACCUGGCAGGUGACAGUGUGCGCUUCACCCCCGCCAGCCCCUCCAGCCCCGACUUCACCAGCUGGUCCUGUGCCAAGUGCACGCUCAGGAACCCCACGGCCGCCCUUCGAUGCUCGGUCUGUGGCUGCUCCAAGCUCCACGGCUUCCAGGAGCAUGACGCAGGCCCAGCCCACAAGGCCGGCCGCCUGGCCCCGCCGGGCACCCAGUGGGCCUGCCCUGCCUGCACGUUGCUCAACGUGCCUCGCGCCAAACACUGCGCCACCUGCCACACGCCACAGGUGCUGGUGGCUCAGCACCGGGGCGCCACACCCCUGCGGCGCCGAGAGAGCAUGCACGUGGAGAAGCGGCGGCAGACUGACGAGGGUGAGGCCAAGGCACUGUGGGAGAACAUCGUGGCCUUCUGCCGGGAGAACAGUGUGAGCUUCGUGGAUGACAGCUUCCCCCCAGGGCCACAGUCCGUGGGCUUCCCCACGGGGGACAGUGUGCAGCAGCGCGUGCGGCAGUGGCUACGGCCCCACCAGAUCAACUGCUCCGUCUUCAGGGACCACAGCACCCCCUGGUCUGUGUUCCACACCCUGCGGCCCUCAGACAUCCUACAGGGGCUGCUGGGGAACUGCUGGUUCCUGAGUGCAUUGGCCGUGCUGGCUGAGCGGCCAGACCUGGUGGAGCGUGUGAUGGUGACUCGAAGUCUGUGCCCCGAGGGCGCCUACCAGGUACGGCUGUGUAAGGACGGCACAUGGACCACCGUGCUGGUGGAUGACAUGCUGCCCUGCGACGAGGCGGGCUUCCUGCUCUUCUCCCAGGCACAGCGGAAGCAGUUGUGGGUAGCCCUCAUCGAGAAGGCUCUGGCAAAACUGCACGGCUCCUACUUCGCCCUCCAGGCUGGCCGCGCCAUCGAGGGCCUGGCCACGCUCACGGGUGCGCCCUGCGAGAGCCUGGCACUGCAGGUCAGCUCCACCAACCCUCGAGAGGAGCCUGUGGACACUGACCUCAUCUGGGCCAAGAUGCUGAGCUCCAAGGAGGCGGGGUUCCUCAUGGGCGCCUCCUGUGGCGGUGGCAACAUGAAGGUGGACGACGCUGCCUAUGAGAGUCUGGGCCUGCGUCCCCGCCAUGCCUACUCUGUGCUGGACGUGCGGGACGUGCAGGGUUCCAGGCUCCUGCGUCUGCGCAACCCAUGGGGCCGCUUCUCCUGGAACGGGAACUGGUCGGAUGAGUGGCCACACUGGCCGGGCCCCCUGCGCAGUGAGCUUAUGCCACACGGCAGCAGUGAGGGCGUGUUCUGGAUGGAGUACAGCGACUUCAUCAGGUACUUCGACUCCGUGGACAUCUGCAAGGUGCACUCAGACUGGCAGGAGGUGCGGGUGCAGGGCCGUUUCCCCAACUCAGCCUGUGGGCCCGUGGGCGUGACGGCACUCACUGUGCUGGAGCGCGCUGCCCUGGAGUUUGCCCUCUUCCAGGAAGGCAGCAGGCGUGCAGAUGUGGGGGACAGCCAUCUGCUGGACCUGUGCGUGCUGGUCUUUCGGGCCUCCUUUGGCAGCAGCGGCCGCUUGAGCCUAGGCCGCCUGCUGGCACACAGCAAGCGCGCUGUCAAGAAGUUUGUCAACUGCGACGUGAUGCUUGAGCCUGGCGAGUACGCCGUGGUGUGCUGUGCCUUCAACCACUGGAGCCCCCCGCCUGCACCCCCCACCCAGGCCUGCAGCCCCUCAGUGGGGGCUACACGAUGCACCCCCGAGCCUCCAGGCCACGUGCUGGCCGUGUACAGCUCCCGGCUGGUGAUGGUGGAGCCCAUAGAGGCGCAGCCCAGCACGCUGGCCGACGCCAUCAUCCUGCUGACUGAGAGCCGUGGUGAACGACACGAGGGCCGGGAGGGCAUGACCUGCUACUACCUGACGCACGGCUGGGCGGGGCUCAUCGUGGUGGUGGAGAACCGGCACCCCAAGGCCUACCUGCACGUGCAGUGCGACUGCUCCGAUAGCUUCAACGUGGUAUCCACGCGCGGCAGCCUGCGCACCCAGGACAGCGUGCCGCCAUUGCACAGGUCCUGGUGAUCCUUUCCCAGCUGGAGGGCAACGCCGGCUUCUCCAUCACACACCGCCUGGCGCACCGCAAGGCCGCACAAGCUUUCCUCAGCGACUGGACGGCCUCACGGGGCACCCAUAGUCCCCCCCUCACACCUGAGGUG